GCUUGUGACAGCAUUCACAGGCAGCCUGGUGGGAAAGGACCGACAAUGCAGAAGCUGAGCAAUUGCUGUUGAAAUGUGCUCCUCACAGAUGGCCAGCAAGGCAGGGUUUGCUUCUGCCGCCUUCUGCUAGAAAGAAGCUGACUCGAUGACAGUGUUUGAAAGCAAGAGGUCUUUCCUACUCUCCAGAUUUGCUGCUGACACUUGCUGAACUUGGCUGGUUUUCUGACUGCCUGGCAGUGACAACACUUCACUUCUGUGUGACAAGGAGAGAACAGGAAGAUUCCAGAUGCUACAGAACAGACACAGAUACAACUGAACACCUGAGAGUCAACCAGCCAUCAUUCUAUCAUACUUUUGGCCAGAUCAGCCUGACUCCAUGCAGAGACAUGAGGCUUGGCUGGCCCUUCUGUUGCACCUCAUGCUGGUGGGACUCCGGCAGGCACAGGAUGACUGCAGGGCUGGGUCCUGCCACCCGGCCGUUGGGGACCUCCUCCUGGGUCGCAGCAAGCAACUAGUGGCCUCUUCAACCUGUGGAAUGAACAGCCCCCAGAAGUACUGCAUUAUAGGCUACCUUGAGGCUGACCAGAAGUGCUUUGUCUGUGAUUCUAGGUAUCCAUAUAAUCCCUAUACACAACGCAACAGCCACAUGAUUGAAAACGUUAUCACAACUUUUGAGCCAGAUAGGAAAAAAAAGUGGUGGCAGUCAGAAAACGGUGUUGACCAUGUCAGUAUUAGACUGGACCUAGAAACUUUAUUCCAGUUCAGCCAUCUCAUCCUGACCUUUAAGACAUUUCGGCCCGCAGCAAUGCUGGUUGAGCGCUCCAUCGACUUUGGUCAGACCUGGAAAGCGUUUAGAUAUUUUGCACAGGACUGUGCAGCUUCUUUUCCCAACAUCUCUUCUGGUCCAUCAAAGGGUGUGGGAGACGUCAUUUGUGAUUCAAGAUAUUCAGACAUUGAGCCCUCCACUGAAGGCGAGGUUGUCUUAAAAGCUUUGGAUCCUAGCUUUGAAAUAGAAAACCCAUAUGUGCCAUAUAUCCAAGAGCUCAUUACAAUGACAAACCUAAGGAUCAAUUUUACCAAACUCCAUACCCUCGGGGAUGCUCUCCUUGGAAGAGGGCACGGUGAUCCCCUUGAGAAGUACUACUAUGCUGUCUACGAGAUGGUUGUGCGGGGCAACUGCUUUUGCAAUGGCCAUGCCAGCCACUGUGACCCCAUACAGAAUCUGCGGGGUGACGUCUUUCAUCAGCCUGGCAUGGUGCAUGGGCGAUGUAUCUGCCGCCACAACACUGAAGGCUUGUCCUGUGAAAGAUGUAAAGAUUUCUACAACGACGCUCCCUGGAGGCCAGCUGAAGGGGCACAAGACAAUGCUUGCAAACGCUGUAACUGCAAUGGCCACUCUGGCAGGUGCCACUUCGACAUGGCCGUGUACCAGGCCAGUGGUGGGGUCAGCGGUGGGGUCUGCGAGGACUGCCAGCACAAUACCACGGGGCAACACUGUGAUCAGUGCAAGCUCUUCUUUUACCAGGAUCCACACAAAGCCAUCUCGGACCCUCAUGCAUGCCUCCCCUGCAGCUGUGACCCAGAGGGCACACUGCACCAUGGUGCGUGUGAGAGCCGCACAGACCCUGUGCUGGGAACGGUGGCAGGCCGGUGCCCGUGCAAGGAGAACACGGAGGGUGUCCGCUGUGACAAGUGCAAGGCCAACCAUUUCGGGCUGAGAGGCAGCGACCCACAGGGUUGCCAGCCCUGCAACUGUGAUGCUGCCGGCACUUUGCCUUUCUCCAUCUGUGACCCUGCCACUGGGAAGUGCCUCUGCCAGCGGUUCACCAUGGGCCGGCGCUGUGAGAAGUGUGUUGAGGGAUACUGGGGUCUUGGCAAGAGCGUGUACGGCUGUUCUCCAUGUGACUGUGACAUUGGUGGAUCCCAGGAUAACUUGUGCUCACCAGAGGACGGUCAGUGCAAGUGCCUUCCCAACAUCGUGGGCCGCCAGUGCAAUGAGCCAGCCCCAGGCUACUUCUUUUUGCCCCUGGAUUAUUAUAUUUAUGAAGCUGAGCAUGCAACGCCCCUUUCUGGUUCUGCACCCUUGGUCAAACCAACCACUCUCCCAAGGUGUGAUAUCUACUUCCAGAAGCAAGGAUAUGAGUUCAUGAUUGAAAAUGGAAAGAUUGUGCUAAACAGGAGCAAAAAACGAAGUGUAAGAAAAGCUGCACUUGGGCAGGGCACAGCUGAGCAAGGACAGGACCCGGCCCUGGAAGUGGUUUUCAGGCAGCCCAGCGCUGGCCGAGCUGUCACCUGGACAGGCCCUGGCUUUGCCCGUGUCCCCAGUGGAGCUGGGCUGAGAUUUGCCAUCGACAACAUUCCACUGGCUAUGGACUUCUCUGUCACAAUCCGUUAUGAGCCAGAGACCUUAGAAGACUGGUUAGCAAGUGUUGCUGUCCAGCCCACUGGUGUUUCAUCAAGUCAACACUGCAAAGCCAACGGCUUUUCACAGGAACCUCAUGUGUUUGCCCUCCCAGCUACAAAGAGGAUUGCCCUGCUGCAGACCCCAGUCUGCCUGGAGCCAGGAACCCAGUACUCUGUGGAUGCAUAUUUUUCUCAGCCUUCUGCCUCUGACCCAAAGGCUAAACCGUUCAUCUUGAUUGACUCUCUUGGACUUAUUCCCAGAAUCAACUCCAUGGAGAACUUAUGCAGCAAAAAGGAUUUAGAUGACUACCAGAAGUAUCACUGUGUCGAAAUUGCAUCAGAAGUUGGACCUCAUGUGCUGCCCGAGGCGUGCGCCCGGCUGAUAGCCAGCAUGUCAGCCCGCCUUCACCGCGGCGCUGUUGCAUGCAAGUGCAAUCCCCAGGGCUCGCUGAAUGCCAGCUGCAGCAGACUGGGCGGCCAGUGCCAUUGCAAAGCCAACGUAGUGGGGCGCUGCUGUGACUCUUGCUCUGCAGGCAGCUAUGGCUUCGGCUUCCAUGGCUGCUACCCGUGUGAGUGCCACCCGCAGGGCUCAGUGAGCUCACUAUGUGACCAGGUGACAGGGCAGUGUGCCUGCCUCCGGGAUGUUGAUGGCCGGCGCUGCAGCCAAUGUCUGCCUGGGUAUUUUGGGUUUCCCCACUGCCGUCCUUGCCCGUGUCACGGCUUCGCAGAGCUUUGCCACCCAGUGACUGGCGAGUGCCUGAACUGCAGCAGGUUUACAGCUGGAAGGCACUGUGAAAGGUGCAUCGAUGGCUAUUAUGGAAACCCUUCCAACAGAGAACCUUGCCGCCCGUGCAUGUGCCCAGGAGUACCCACAAGCAAGAGGUUUUUUGCACAUUCCUGUUACCAGGACUCCCAGACUUCACAAAUAGUCUGUAAUUGUCUUGAGGGAUAUUCAGGCAGCCGGUGUGAUGAAUGUCCUAGCGGGUUCUACAAAAUCCCAGGAAGCCCAGGGGAGGAAUGUGCACCAUGUCCCUGCAACAACAACAUUGAUGUGACAGACCCGGAGUCCUGUAACAGGGUCACUGGGGAAUGCGUCAAGUGUUUGCACAACACCCAUGGAGUAAACUGCCAGUUCUGCAAACCUGGGUAUUUUGGCUCAGCCCUCGACCAGGACUGCCAAAUCUGCAAGUGCAAUCCUGUAGGUGUCCUCCCUGCCACAUGCCCUGGAGGGGAUGCAGCCUGCCUGUGUGACCCAGCCACCGGAGCUUGCCCGUGUCAGCCCAACGUAGUUGGUACAACAUGCGACCAGUGUGCGCCGGGCUACUGGGACCUGGCUGGAGGAAAAGGAUGUCAGCUCUGUGACUGUGACGUGAAAAACACCCAAAGUAACCAGUGUGACCAGCUUACAGGCCAGUGUCUGUGUAAGGUAGGCUAUGGUGGGAAACGCUGCAACGAAUGUGAGGAAAACUACUUUGGCAAUCCCCAGAAGCACUGCAUUUCAUGCAACUGUAACCCAGAGGGAACCAGCUGGCCUCGGUGUGACAAAGCCACUGGUGUGUGUAACUGCCGUGCUGGUGUCACUGGGCGGUUCUGCGACCAGUGUGGCCGUGGCUUCGAGAAAGACUUUCCCUCUUGCCGUCACUGUCACCUUUGUUUUGAUGAGUGGGACACUGAAAUUACUGCCCUCGCCCAGACUGUUCAAGGGUUAAUGAGGUUUGCUGCAAGCCUAGAAGAUAAAGGAGGACGGAUGCCCAGCUGUGACAUGCGAUUCAAAGCCUUUGAAGAUGCCAUUUCUGAAGUUGAAAGAAUUUUGAAACGUCCUGUUUUUUCAUGGGAGGCACUCUCAAGCAUCAAGGAUUUUCAUGGCUAUCUUCAACAACAAAUUACACAAACGGGUCUGAUUCGUAGUAUGUCAUAUGAAUUUCCUGACCUCACUGAGAACAUUGAAGACAUUGGUGAAGAAGCUGAUCGUGUCUAUGAACUUCUACAACAGAAAUUAGAUCUGCAUCGCACUUUUCAUUACUUGAGCCUCAAAGAGGCCAUCAACAACAUUAGGAAACACUCUGAAGUAUCAUUCCUGGCAGAACAGAAAGCUCGUGAGACAGCCCCUGUGGUAAGGCACUCAGAGCACACAAGGCAGAGCAUGCUCACUGUGAUGCACAAGCGGGCCUGGGAAGGGAGCAGAGUGCUGGAGCAGCUCAAACUGGUCAAGAUCCCUGGCAUUCAACACUUGGUUGAAAAGAUCUGCGGGGUGCCAGGAAACCAUUCCUGUGCUGCAGCAGCCUGUGGGGGAGGCCCAAACUGCAGCGGAGCUCUUCCUCUCUCUUCUAGUGCAUUCAGGAAAGCUGAGGAGACUGCUGUCCUGCUAACUAACUUGACUACUCAGCUACAGGACCCUGAGAAUCAAUAUCUCCAGGUUGAAAGCAUCAGAAAAAUGGCAGAAGACACCAAGCUGAAAGGCUCACACUUCAAUGGGGAACUAGAGAAAGCUAAGAACCAGAUUAAAGUUGACCGAGAAGUCACAAAGGAAUUUAUCAGAAAAGUGAAAAACUUCUUGUCAGAUGAGAGUGUGCCUCCAGAAGACAUCGAGCAGGUGGCAAGUUAUGUCCUGCAGAUAAACCUUCCCCUGACUCCAAGAAAACUAACAAGCAUGCUUGGUAAAAUCAGAAGCAUUAUGGCCCACUGUGAGAGCUACAAACUGAACGCAAAUAAGAGAAACAGGAAAAUGGAAGUGGCUCAGACACUGCUGGUGGAGGCAUGGACUGCCGACAAAGCAGCUAAAGCUCUUCCCCCUGUGGACAAAAUUAAUGACAAACUAAAAAAUGUUGUGAGCUCCCAAGGACGCUCCAAAAAUACCCUCAUGAAGUUAAAUGAAGAGAUACAAGGAAUCAAAGCACAAAUCUCACAGGCUGGGAACCAAAUGAACAAGACAACCAAUGAACUCAAUAACUUUUCAGCAAAACAGUCCAAUUUGGAAGAUGAAAUUACCACACUGCAGAUGAAAAUGCUGAUGAACAAAAAUCAAGCUACAAAUGUGAGAGCAGGGGCAGAAGCAACAUACAAGCGAGCUCAGAAAAUUGAUAACGAAUUCACUGACAUUAAAAGGAAGUACACCAUUCUUCAAGACAAGCUGAAAGCAAAAGGAUCUCCAAAAUUAACUCUAGAGAAAGUGAAGCAGCUGAAGGAAGAAGCAGAAAAACUGGCUGAAGAGACUGAAAAAAAAAUUAGAAGAAUAACAGAUUUGGAGAAGAAGCUUCAGGACCUGAAUCAAACCAAGCAAGACAAGGCGGAGCAACUCAGACAAUUAGAGGAACAAGUGAUAGCCAUUAAAAAUGAAAUCACAGAGCAGGAAAGCAAGUACUCAACGUGCAAAAGCUAAGGGCUG